GAAAGGGAAAAGAGACUGACCGAGCGAGCCCGGCCCUCCGACACGCGACGGCGCCUAUUUGCCCUGUCGCGGUCGGUCGGUCCGUGGCGUGGACCUGAAGCAGCCUCCUCACAGGCUCCCUUCUCACACCGUCUCUGACUUCCCUCCUGCGCUCCCGUCCUGCCUUCACCUGACUUGUUCGUACUUCGCUCCUGGGCUCGCUGGCUUCCUCAGUCCUUGCUGCUCGCUAGCUCCGUUGUUCAGGCGGUGCCUGCGCCGGCGAGGUUAGGCAGGACUCAGGCGAAGUGGGCUAGCAGCCGGGUGGCGGCGGCGGCGGUGGAUUCCUGGAUAAAAUUUAUUCUUGUCUGCUUUUUUCUUCUGGUAGGUAGGACACUCCUACCUGCAUCAAGUUUCGUUGGUACGCUUCCUUGUGGUUAUGAAGCUUUCUGGAUACACCUGGGAAUGUUUGGUUACGUUGAAGAGUUGUUGAAUACACCACAUCAGGGUGACAGCACAGCAGGAAUUUGUUCAACUUUCUGAUUGGAUUGUGGUUCUAAAUUGCUGUUCUGAAUUUAUGCCAUGCUUUAGAUUGAAGAUAUAGUGAAUGCAAACUCCAGACACAACUUGUCGUAAGGUUUUGAAUGAUGAAGAAAUGGCAUGGCGGCUUUGCCAUUGUAUCUUUGUUCAUCAUCUUGAUGUUAAGAUAUGUGAUAUUGGAUAACCCACUUGUAGAAAACUCGCUUCAGUAUGUUUUCCAGCAAAACAGGACGGCAGAAUUACAUUGGUUGGAUGUUCCAAACCCACCUGCAAUCCAGAAUCUACAGAUUUCUUCUGAAGUAAUAUCAACUGGACUCUUGGCUUCCAACCUUUCCAUUACCAGAAAUCUCUCUGAUAGAGAACUUCAAUCUUUACAUUCUUGGAAUCAUUUGAAACAGCUAUUAUCUCAUGUUCAUAUCCUACCAGAUGGAGUAGAGGCAAUCAAGGAAGCUGGAGUUGCAUGGAGGGAACUCAAUACAGCCCUUGCAUAUGAUGAUGCAGUUUCUGUUAAUGGCAGCAUUCAGCAGAAGGACAAAGGAAAGCAAUGCCCUUAUUCUAUCAGAAGGAUGAAUGCCACAAGAUUAGGGGAUAGGUUUGCUUUAAAACUUCCCUGUGGACUGAUUCAGGGCUCUUCAAUAACUAUUAUUGGUACACCUGGUGGUCUUCUUGGUAAUUUUAAGAUAGAGUUAACUGGGGCUGCAGUUCCUGGUGAACCAGACCCUCCAAUUGUCCUUCAUUAUAAUGUCCGCCUUCUUGGUGAUAAACUCACAGAAGAUCCUGUAAUAGUCCAAAAUACAUGGACAAUAUCUGAUGAUUGGGGUUCUGAAAACCGUUGCCCAUCUCCUGAUUCAGAUGCUAAGGACACUACAAAAGUGGAUGAUCUAGAAAAAUGUAGUAGCAUGGUAGGUGAGGACCAGAAAGAAAUCCUUCCCUCUAAGUUUCAUUCAAAUGUUUCGGCCAUGCCACCUGCAAGUAAGAAGAAAGCAGAACCUAGAAAGUAUUUUCCAUUCAGACAGGGAUAUCUUGCCGUAGCAAUUCUUCGGAUCGGAGCACAUGGGAUCCAUAUGACUGUAGAUGGCAAACAUAUCACUUCUUUUGCAUUCCGAGAGGAUUUGGAACCAGGGUUUGUAGGUGAAGUAAGAAUUGCAGGAGACAUUAAAUUGUUAUCUGUGAUAGCAAGUGGCCUGCCUACAACAGAGGACUUCGAGCAUGUCACUGACUUAGAAAUAUUGAAGGCUCCACCUGUGCCCAUGGAUAAACCGGUUGAUCUUUUCAUUGGGGUCUUCUCUACAGCAAAUAAUUUCAAACGCCGAAUGGCAGUUCGCAGAACUUGGAUGCAGUAUGAUUCUGUUCGAUCAGGAAAAGUUACAGUUCGAUUCUUUGUUGGCCUGCACAAAAAUGAGUUGGUCAAUGAGGAACUCUGGAAUGAAGCACGAACAUAUGGAGACAUCCAGUUGAUGCCAUUUGUGGAUUACUAUAGCCUGAUUCUUUGGAAGACCAUAGCGAUCUGCAUCUAUGGGACAAAUGUCCUGUCAGCCAACUAUGUGAUGAAAACUGAUGACGAUGCUUUUGUUCGAGUAGAUGAAGUACUUUCUUCCCUUGACCGAACUAAUGUCAACCAUGGACUGCUGUAUGGUCGUGUCAAUUCUGAUUCCCAGCCACAUCGAGAUCCAUAUAGCAAGUGGUACAUAACCCCUGAGGAAUGGCCUGAGGAGAGUUAUCCUCCCUGGGCGCAUGGACCAGGAUAUAUUGUUUCAAAGGACAUAGCUAAAGAAGUUUACAGGAAACACAAGAGUGGGGAGUUAAAGAUGUUCAAGCUGGAGGAUGUCGCAAUGGGAAUAUGGAUCAAUGAGAUGAAGAAGGAUGGCUUGGAUGUCAAGUAUGAGAAUGAUGGGAGGAUUUUGGUUGAAGGAUGCGAGGAUGGCUAUGUGAUUGCUCAUUACCAAGAACCAAGGGAUAUGAUGUGCCUCUGGGAUCAGUUUCAGAAAACAAAACGAGGAACAUGUUGCAAAGAAUAACAGAAAUCAUGCGAAUGGUGUUUUAUGUUACGGUGGCUGCUGUUGGCCGUUGCUUGAAUAGACACCUUCACGCUAAAACGUUCUUGAUGUAUACAGCCCUGCCUAAGAGGAUUCUAAAAGAGCUGGAACUGGAAGGCAAGCAAACAAUUUUUUGGAUAUCUUCAAGUUUGUUUCGUCUGCAGUUUGAAGAGUUUCAAGUCAAACUACGGCAUGGGAUAUGCAUUGUACACAGAAUGUAGGGUUACAUUUGUUUUUGGCAUAGGUAGGAGGGUACUGCUUUGCUUACUGUGCGGCGUGUAAAAUAGUAUCUUGCUAGAAUGUAGGAUACAGCGACGGCAGUUUACGUUAGGAUAGACUGAGACAGUCUUACCAGUUACCAUUUUUUUUGAAAGGAAUGCAUUUUGCAUCUUGUGUAAAGCUGUUUGGUGUCCAUUCUCUUGUAUAAUCGAUUCAAUGUUCAUCCCACCCCUGAA